AAUGUCCGCCGUGCUCCAUGUGUUUCCAGCCAACAGAAGUGUUUUUGUGAUUUAAUUCGUUAAAACAUAAGUUAUUGUAACAUUAUUAUUUAUACCGUACAUCGGACAUAAAAACCAUCAAAUAGCAAUUCAAUCGUUUUCAUAAAAAUGCCUCACAGAAAAAGGAAACCUUUUAUCGAUAAAAAGAAUGCGGUGUCAUUUCAUCUGGUGCACAGAAGUCAGAAAGACCCGCUGGCUGCCGAUGAGAAAGCGCCGCAACACGUGCUUCUACCUGCUGCUAAGGUAGAGGUCGAGAAGAGGAAAGAAGAACAGCAGAAGUUCGGAGUGUUUUUCGACGACGACUACGAUUACCUGCAGCAUAUGAAAGACGUGUCCCAGACCACAGCGCUGGUCUCCACCCCUCAAGUCCACAGAGAUGCUCGAUCGAGGACGACAGAGGACAAUGACGAAGAGAAGACAAAGGAAGAUGUCAGCCGUGUUCCUGCCUCCAUCACGCUUCCCUCAUCUGUGUUUGCCACAGAUUUUGAAGAGGAAGUGGGUUUGUUAAACAAAGCCGCUCCUGUUUCAGGGCCCCGGCUGGAUAUGGACCCUGACAUCGUCGCUGCUAUGGACGAGGACUUUGAUUUUGAAGACCCCGAGAACAUGCUGGACGAUGACUUUGUGCUCAAGGCCAACGAAGUCCCGGACGGCGACAUGGGUGAUGAUGAUGAUGAUGAUGAAUGGGAGGACACGGACGAGGAAGAUGACGAAGAGGAGGAGGACGAUGGAGAUGGUCCCCGCCGGGAGUUCAUGUUUGGGGAUUGCGAAACGAAGAGUCGCUUUACGGAAUACUCGAUGACCUCCUCGGUCAUGAGAAGAAACGAGCAGCUCACGCUCCUGGACGAUUGCUUUGAAAGGUUUUACGAGCAGUUUGACGACGAUGAGAUCGGAGCGCUGGAUAACGCCGAGCUGGAGGGCUACAUCCAACCAGACAGCGAGCGGCUGGACGAGGUCAUCAAAGACUACUUCAUCCAGAAAGAGAAAGAAUAUCAGAAGCCGGAUCAGCUGGGUCCUCCUGAGCUGCCCUCGCUAACAGAGGAAGACGAGGAGGUGCUGGAGAUGGAGACGGUGGUCAUCGAGCCGCCUGUGGAGCGCUGGGACUGUGAGACCAUCAUCAGCACAUAUUCCAACCUGUACAACAGACCCAAACUCAUCCAGGACACUCCUAAGACUAAGCCAAUCAAAGUGUCCCAAAAGACGGGCAUUCCUCUGGACGUCCUGGAGAAAAGAGGCCCGACGGCCAAACAGGUGGAGAGAAUGGAGAGAAUCAACGAGUCGGACCUGCCCAGAGUCUCCACGCAGCCCCGCUUGCAAGAAGAGAGCGCCGAGGAGAGGAAAGCUAGAAAACAGGCCAUCAAAAUGGAGAGGAAGGAGAGGAGGACGGAGAAGAAGGCAAACAAACUGGCGUUCAAACAGGAGAAACAGAUGCAGGAGAAGCAGAUGGUUGGCUUAAGAGCAAACGUUCAGGGUCUGAAGCUCUCAUAGGAUUUCUCAGAGACCGCAAACAUCACUGCGAUGUUCUGCGUGCCAGCAGACACUAUAGGACCCUACUGCGCACGUGACUUCAAAGGGGUACAUGGUUACUCCGGGUGGGUGUCAUCACAGCAUUUAGCUGUGAACGUCUAUCAAGACAUCAUACUGUGUAAGAGCAGUCUGCAACAUGCACACAACCUAAAGCAUCUUUUCCUCUAAUGUACUUCAUCAGCGUAUGAUUGAAUUAUAUGUCAUUUGCUCUAUGUAGAAUGUCUCACCAACAGCCAGUGCAAUUAAAACCUCCGACUGUUUUCAAAAAAGCA